AUGGAAAUGGCUUUUACUGCACAGCUGCUUCUGCUGUCCUCAUUGUUUCUACAACCAGUUCUAGUGCUUUCCCAAACUAAUGGUAGCAUAGCAGUUGGUGGUUCUCUUACUGCAACUGCAGAAGGAAACUCCUCCUCAUCAUGGCUUUCUCCAUCUGGUGAUUUUGCCUUUGGAUUUCGGCCACUUGGAAACAAUGAUCUUUUCUUGCUUUCAAUAUGGUAUGCCAAAAUACCAGACAGAACCAUAGUUUGGUAUGCAAAUAAUAAGCCUGCAGUUGCACCUGCUGCACCUCUGGGAUCAACUGUGAAUUUGACUGCUCACAGUGGACUAGUGCUCACAAGUCCUCAAGGCAAAGAGUUAUGGAAAUCUGAAACCAUAGUUGGUGUUGUUGCCAAUGGGGUUUUCAAUGAUACCGGCAACUUUGUUCUUGAAGAUGACAGUUCAAAGAAGUUGUGGGAGUCUUUCAAGAAUCCUACUGAUACUAUAUUGCCAGGACAGAUAAUUGAAACAGGAGGAAGCCUUGCUUCUCGACAAUCGGAGACUAACUAUUCCAAAGGACGGUUCCAGCUACGGUUGCAGCAAGACGGGAACCUUGUGCUCAACUCCAUAAACUUCACAACAGCGUCUACUAACACACCGUAUUAUGGAAGCGCCACUACCACAGGGACAGUGCCAGGAAGUGAAGGUAAACAGUUGGUUUUCAAUGACUCAGGCUACUUGUAUGUCCUGAGAGAGAAUGGUGGAAAAUACACUCUCACAUGGGGAAAUAGGGUCUCAGCAAUGGCCUAUUAUACUAGAGCAACUCUCAACUUUGAUGGGGUUUUUGCUCAGUAUGUUCACCCAAAGACUUUUUCUGGCAAUGCAAGCUGGGAACCUCUUUGGUCACUGCCAGAAAAUAUUUGCCUGGAUAUUGAUGCUGAUUCAGGUCCUGGGGUUUGUGGGUUCAACAGUAUCUGCGCACUCAGUGCAGCAGAUAAGAGGCCAAAAUGUGAAUGCCCAAGAGGGUUCUCUUUGCUUGAUCCAAAUGACCUAUAUGGAAGCUGCAAACCCGAUUUCAUACAAAGCUGUGAAGAAAAAGAAGAAGAGCAUCUAUAUGAUGUUCAGAUGCUAACAAAUACUGAUUGGUUAACCUCAGAGUAUUCGCGUUUGGAGGAAUUUACUGCAGACAACUGCAGUGAGUCCUGUAUUCAAGAUUGUUUAUGUGGUGUUGCUAUUUACAGCAAUCAAACCUGUUGGAAAAAGGAGUUGCCCCUCUCAAAUGGGAGAGUGGAUAGCGGUCUACGUGCAACGACCUUCAUCAAAUUCAGGAAGGACAAUUCAACUCUACCAGUCCCUCCAUCGCCAAGUCCAGAUGAUAAGAAGAAUAACAAGACCACCUUCACGGCAGGGAAAGGGUCUGGGCCUUCAAUAAAGGCUAGCCUGCAGAAGACAAAAAUAGGGGAAGCAAUCGUCAAGCUCCGGGCACCGGUGUGGUGCCGGCCGAAGGCUCUCCGAUGCUUAAGUCAGCUAAGAAGGGGAAGUGAAAGUUGGAGGUGCUUGGCACCUCGGAAGAGUGUCUUCCUUCGGCAGGAGAGAAGGCGUGUCUACCUUGGUGCUAGUUGUUUUGAGACUGGAUAUGCUCGGUUGAUUAUGAAGAAACAGGUCAGGAUUAUGCAAAGUGGUUUGAACAUAAGUUUGCGUCCUUUCAGUUACCAAGAGCUUCAGGAAGCUACAAAUGGAUUCACGGAAGAAUUAGGAAGGGGUUCUUUUGGGGUAGUUUACAAAGGAAUAAUACAAAAUGGUUCUCAAGUCCAAGUGGCAGUGAAGAAGCUACACUGCGUGAUACAAGAUGGUGAAAAGGAAUUCAAGACAGAAGUGAAUGUAAUUGGGAAGACACAUCACAAGAAUCUGGUACGUCUGCUUGGAUAUUGUGAUGAGGGACAACAACGUUUACUAGUAUAUGAACUCUUGAGCAAUGGCACAUUAGCAAGCUUCCUUUUUGCUGAUGUCAAACCAAGUUGGGGGCAACGAAUCGAAAUUGCUUAUGGAAUUGCCAAAGGACUUGAGUACUUGCAUGAAGAGUGCAGCACCCCAAUCAUCCAUUGCGAUAUAAAGCCUCAGAACAUACUUCUUGACGAUUAUUACACUGCCCGGAUCGCUGAUUUUGGAUUGGCAAAGCUUUUGAUGAUGAAUCAGAGCCACACUCAUACUGCCAUCCGAGGAACAAAAGGGUAUGUUGCACCCGAGUGGUUUAGGAACAUGCCAAUCACUACCAAAGUUGAUGUGUAUAGCUUUGGUGUUGUACUACUAGAGAUCAUCUGCUGUAGGAGAAGCGUCGAUGUGGGAAAUAGCUGCGAAGGGAAAGCGAUUUUAACCAAUUGGGUUUAUGAUUGCUACCAAGAAGGAAAAAUAGAUGCUGUUCUAGAUCACGAAACUGAGGCUUUGCAUGAUAAAAAGAAUCUGGAAAAGAGUGUGAUGGUUGCUAUUUCGUGCAUCCAAGAAGACCCGGCUCUUCGGCCGACUAUGAGGAAGGUUGUGCAGAUGCUUGAAGGAGUAGUGGAAGUGCAUGCUCCACCAUGUCCUUCCUCAUACACCAGAGCAGCCUGA